CAGCUGACGCCCGCACGGCGCCUCCACCUGCCAGCGCCAAUGCCGAGCACCACGUAGAAUCAACCGAUCUCUUGGAGAAAGAAGCAGACCUACAAACGGGCUUUUUGCUGUACUUUUGCUUGGGUGGAGCCCCCGAUCUUGAUGUCCAGUGGACCAAUUGCUUUUCUCAGUUGAAUGCCGACGAGUGCGUGGAAAUGCCUCGCGCGCUACGCUUCCAGCGUCGGUACAGCUUUUUGCAGAACUUCCCCGUGUAUUUGACGCAGUGUAUUCUCCAAGCAGUGAUUUUGAACGGCCAGAGUACGCCAGACGGGAGCGAGCCCGAGACGUCCCAGCCCGCUGGGACCUUGACCAGUUCCAGCGUUCGUGCCAAGUUUGACGACAUAGUGAAGGGUAUCCAUCUCUCCUGGGCCCAAGCUCUCAAUGAGUACCUGUCGAAACAAGCGAGCAGCCUGACAUUGGAGAAGCUGGAGCUGAGCAUUAACCCAGCUGCUCUAUCGAGCGAUGCGGACGAGGACGACAUCAUCUACGACUGGAGCCGUCAGCAAGAGUCCGCCAUGUGGACUCUAGCGCAGAAGCUUUACUACGGGGCGGACCUACCGGAGAUGAAGGAGAACGCGGACGCGUCUCCGGCCGUGUAUUUGUUCACGCUCAUGUUUGACGUACUGAUGGUGGAUAGCGAGGUGCCUCAGUUCGGGACCUUCCAGCUCAGCGUCUUCGGGGCCAAACUCCUGGCGCACCUCUGGGACCACACACUGAGGAAGCUGCCGUAUGCCUUCUUCGCGGACUGGUCGUGGCUCGACGAUCAAUCCACUAAGAAGAAACUCCCGGCGCUUGCCUUUUGCCACUUGCUAGCGAGCGUUCUGCUGUGGAACGGCGCGAUCGACCGCCACAGCCUCACGAACCGCAACAUCUACACUGCCGCAGUCCAGCAUAUCCUCCCCAAGCUCCAUGUGGACGGAAAACCUGUGUCCCAAGUUCCUGGCUCGGCAGAAUCCAGCCCCCUACCGCUCAGCGAGUGUCAGACCACGCGCAUUGAGCUGCGGGACCUCGACACCAAGUUCGCGUCGAUUCUGGGGCUGGACGGCUUCUUCGAAGUGGCGGAAGGCAUCCAGACCAACCUGCUCGCCAGGACCAAUCCUGCCAGCUCCUAA